CUCUAGCCAUGUUGUUUUGAUUCCAUCCCGGCGUCACGUUAAAGGUGUCAACAACAUCAUUUUCACCUUUUUUACUCUUUUUUCAGUGUUGUGUUAGCAAAAUAUGGUAAUGACCCGAGGACGCGGGCGAGGCAUGAGAGGAGGCAUGAUGCGCCCCAUGGGCCCCGGGCCACAUUUUGGCCCCAAGAUGAAGCAGUUUGUACCACGCCUGCCCUUCGACAUGGUGCUCUGCGAGUCAGCCUUCCCCAAAGUGAAGCCAGCACCCGACGAGUCUGCAUUUACUCAGGCCCUCUUGAAAAGAAAUGCAGACUUGUCACCCACACCAGCAGAACAGGCUGCUGUACUUAACCUAGUCACAAAGAUCCAGGCUGUGAUGGAUAACCUUAUUGUAGAUCCGGGCAAUUUUGACGCAUGCGUAAGUUCCCAAAUCGAAGAGGUGCGACAGGUGGGCUCAUACAAGAAGGGCACCAUGAUGACGGGGCACAAUGUGGCAGAUAUAGUGGUGAUCCUCAAGACGCUGCCCACCAAGGAGGCCGUGGAAGCUCUCGGGAAAAAGGUGUGUGAUGAUCUGCGCACGCAAGAGCCCCAGGAAGUGCUCGUCCUCACAAUGCUCCCAGAUGACCGAGGCUUCGAGAUCAGCAACAGUGAGGCCACAGUGCGUGUCCUAGUGACCACCAUCCACCAGAACCUGCGCAAACUGGAUCCUGAGCUGCACCUCGACCAGAAGAUCCUCCAGUCACACCUAGCAGCGAUUAGACACAGCCGCUGGUUUGAGGAGAAUGCACACCACUCCACAAUUAAAGUACUUAUUCGAUUACUGCGGGAUCUGCGCGGACGCUUCGAAGGGUUUGAGCCUCUGUCACCGUGGAUGCUGGACCUCCUGGCACAUUAUGCUAUUAUGAACAACCCAAGCAGACAGGCCUUGCCCAUAAAUUCUGCAUUCCGCAGAUGUUUGCAGCUAUUAGCAGCAGGGCUGUUCUUACCAGGCUCUGCAGGUAUCAGUGACCCCUGUGAAGGAGGGAAUAUUCGUGUACAUACAGCUAUGACUCUGGAACAGCAAGACCUUGUAUGUCUCACCGCCCAGACUCUUCUAAGAGUACUUUCACAUGGUGGCUACAAACAGAUCCUUGGACUCGAAGGCAACUCAAGUAUAGCAAGCGAAAUGUCUGUCUGGGAUGGCGUUGUAGUGUCAGCAUUAGAGAAGGCCUAUGAGAAGCCCCCAGAGCGACCCCCACAGGAUGACGAUGGAGAUGACAUGGAUGCCGAUGAUGAUCCCAUGGAGACGACAGAUAAUUAAUUAGUGGGAGAGCGCAGUCAUAUUGUGGGUCAGACUUGGAGUUCUGUGCUUCACGUGGAAAAGAAAUAGCAAGUGAAAAUAAAGGAAAAAAGAAACUUUUUCUUGUGUAGUAAGGAAUUCCUCUUCCUUUUUCAUUUUUAUGAUUGAAAAGUUGCUUGCGUGAAUAUUAACUGAAAUGCAAAAAUAAAAUUGAAAUAAACAACUUUUUUCUCGACUCCUAGUGUCUGUAGGAGGAAAUUUUUAGAACAGUAUAAAAGUAGUCAGUAACUUUAUACUUGAAAUGUUUCUGUGGUGGUAUAUUUUCAGCCCUGAACUAUAUACACCUCUUCACUGCCAUCUCAUGAAAAGGAAUUUUUUUUUUUCUAACAUAAACUGGUUGUGCAAAAAUUGUCAUACAGGGAAUUGUGCUAGGAAAUGCAAAAGAAUUUGGCUAUUUUAUCUCUUGUAUUUAUUAUUAUAAUGAUUAUUAUUAUUAUAUUUUUCCCAUGCAAAAAAUUCAGAUGAGAAGAACUAAUGUAACGUGAAUAUUUGAUUUUUAGUGGAUGGAAAGGAUGGACUACUAUUUUGUGAUUAUGUUGAUGCCAUGUUGUUUUUAGGAAUUUCUUCAGGAUUUUUACUCUUCCAUUAUUCAAGAAGGUUGAUUGAGAUUUAUAUAUGUAUUGUGAUUUGGUCCUUUUUAAAAGUUUUUUUUUUUUUUUUUCUUCUCUUUCAUUAGGAAUUAUGAAUGUACGCAACAUGAUCUGGCAUUUACCUGUGUUGAUAUUAAUUAGUCAAAGUACUGAACAUUGUGCAUAAUUAUAUAGUAAAAUUUGUGACAACUUAUAUAUAACAACAUAAUCAUUCUAUAGUACUUUCUCUUUCAAAGUCAUAGCCUGUGUAUUGGCUAGUACAAAAAAAAAAUAGUUUUAAAUUAUGUCUUUUGGACUUGUCAUGAUCUUGAAAUGGAAGAAUUUAUAUGCGACAUCUCAAAUAUUGGUAUGAGUGAUUUGAGCAGUAAAUAAUCAGUACAAAUAUAACUGAUAAAUGUAGGAUAUGCCAAAAAAUAAAGUAAAAAAAACAAAAACAAAACUUUUCCCCAAUUAAAUUUUUUUUUUUUUUUCCAGUUUUAAUUAUUUACCACAAUUGUAAGCCUUUACAACAAAGGAAAUUCAAAUAUCCUAAGUUUCCUCUCAGAAGAUAACAUGAAACAUUUUGCUAAGUUUUUGUAUUGUUUAUGAAUACGGAAAUAGCUGUGGACUUUUUUUUUUUUUAUAGUAUUAAUGCAUAUAUGGAAAAUAUAUUUAUUUCUUUUUCUGUAUACUUUCUUAUGCUUCUGUGUCUUUUUUUCUACAAAUAAAAUGAGUGCUAGUGUUAAA